UCUGCCCCACCCCAUCCUCUCCUCCCCCUCUGUCUCUUCCUCCCGCCCUCCAACCCGUCCCAGUGUCCCAGUAAAGCGCUUUGAGCUCCGGGACUCGUCCUAGUAGCCUAACGCCGUCAGAUGGAAACAUGGCGACUGAGUUCCAUAACCUCCAAGAGUUGAGGCAUAGUGCAUCUCUGGCCAACAAGGUGUUCCUGCAGAGAGACUACAGUGAAGGGACCACCUGCCGCUUCCAGACCAAGUUCCCUUCUGAGCUGGAGAGCAGGAUUGAGCGGCCGUUGUUUGAGGACACCGUGAAGAGGUUGAAUAUCUACUAUGCGGAGGCAGAGAAGAUGGGAGGCCAGUCCUACCUGGAGGGAUGUCUGGCCUGCGCUACAGCCUACCUCAUCUUCCUCUGUAUGGAGACACGCUAUGAGAAGGUGUUGAAGAAGAUAGGCAGGUACAUCCAGGAGCAGAAUGAGAAGAUCUACGCCCCGCGAGGUCUACUCAUCACUGACCCCAUUGAGAGGGGCAUGAGGGUCGUAUCCUUACAGCUACUACUGCUACUCUGUGUGUGUGAGAGAGAGACAGACAAAGAAAAACAAAGACAGAGAUGAAGAAAACAAUAGACAGAGAGAUGAAGAAAACAAUAUAGACAGAGAGGGUGAACAGUACACAUGUAUGAUAUUUAAAGAGGGAGAAAGAGAUGGAGCGAGAGAGAUGACGAGUCAACAGUACACGUGGGCUCCCAAGAAUAAGGAGCUU